UGUGUGUGUGUGUGUACAGGAUAAUGCAUACAUACUUGCUAUACUUGUUUGCGUGUAUACGACUUCGACCGUUAGACGACACGCGCACACCAUAAUACUUGGUUGUAUAGGUUGAACAGCAAUACUGAUCAAAAUAACCGAUACGACUAUAACGAAGUACAAAUAAACAUACUAUACUUGGUAGUAUACCCGCACACCCCUUAGCCUUUAUAAUAAUACUACCAUCAUUGAACUCCGGGCACUCAGAGUGCCUCAGCACAAACAUGCCCACAGUACUAGCGUGUUGCGACAGCUUUAAGGACACCGCCACUGCUGACGAGGUGAACCAGACGAUUGUAUCCGCUAUACAAGAUGCCACUGGUAUGUCGGCCAGCAAGAUUAACAUGAGCGAUGGGGGAGAAGGGUUUGUAAGCGCAUUGCAAGACGCUUUUAACCUGAGUAUCGUAUCGGUGAGCGUAGAUGGGCCUUUAUUGUCCCCGAUAACCGCCACAUAUGGUCUCUGUGAAGCCAAGCAUCUUGCAGUGAUUGAGCUAGCUGCUGCUGCUGGCAUUGAGAGUGUGCCGGUUGAGCUUAGGAAUCCUCUGAAUACCUCCACCUCUGGCUUGGGUACACUUAUAAAGGAUGCUUAUGAGAAAGGGGCCCGCUCUAUACUUUUGGGUAUAGGCGGGAGUGCAACAAACGACGCUGGCCUGGGUGCGCUACAGUCAAUGGGCCUACAGAUCCACACUAAGCACGGACUGUUAAACGAAACCUUCUGCGGCAAGCACUUGGCUGAUGUUGUUGAUAUAGUCAUCCCACCAGAAUUGGAAGAAAUGGUCAAACGGCUGAGCAUAUCUGUGGCGUGUGAUGUGACGAAUCCCUUUGUUGGUGGUUUGGGAGCCGUUGCGGUUUUCUCCACUCAGAAAGGCGCCGGCGCUGCAAUUAAAAUGGAGCUAGAGAGAGGAAUGGAGAAUCUUGCAAGAAUCAUUAAGCACAAAUUUAAUGUAGACGUCACAGAUAUGAGCGGCGCAGGCGCUGCCGGGGGCGUUGGAGGCUCAUUUCAUGCAUUACUACGAGCUGAACUCAAACCGGGUGUCGAACUGAUUGCGGACAACUUAGGCCUGGAAGAUGCGAUCAAAGCUGCUAAUGUGGUUUUCACUGGAGAAGGUUCAUAUGACUCACAAACCGCUGGAGGCAAAGUGGUGUCGCAUGUACAAAAGCUGUGUGUGAAAGACAUGAAACCAUGCAUCAUAGUGUGCGGGCGGAACCAAAUGACAGAGACUUCGCACGCAGCUGGUACAGAUCUAGUUUGGGAUUUGGUGUCCGUAUAUGGUAAGGAACAGUCAAUGAACAACCCCUGCAAUUCUCUGCAAAAACUAAUUGAAUCGAAAAAACGGGAUGUGAUUAGUUUAAUUGAUGACAUCUGAGUUUAGUUGAUGGAACUAUAUGGCAUCUGAGACGCUUGAUGUAUUAUCUAUGCAUUUCAGGCCCAUAAACUCAUAUGCGGAUACUCUCAGAAGUUUCAGUUAGAAAUGGAUAUUCGAGUGUUUAGUGUAUAACAGGUACUUCGUAUCACACUGUUGUGCUAGCUGUGGCGACGCCCUGUUUCUUUCGAUCGUCUAUGAUGAUUUCAUAAAGUUCAAACAAACGUAUUAAAACCUCGU